UAGGGAUUGUCCCAUAUACCUUCAUUGUUCACUAGGUAAUGCUGUUGAGUACUUGUUCAAAUCAUCUACGUUCCAUUAUUUUCUCCCAAGUUCUUUGGCUAUUUGGUUCAGUAGUUUUAAGGCAGAAAGACAAUCCCUUUUUCCUUUUUAUUUUUUCUGUUAUUGCACUGUUUGCAGCAUCUUGUGUUUUGCCCAUUUUUGUCCCUGCGAGCAGGACCUGGCAAUCUCUAGGACAUCUGGAGGAAGCUCUUGGUCCCUAAUAUGAAGUUCCUUUAUAAACAGCAUCCAACCUUCAUCAGCAGAAAGUGGUUCCACCUACCUUAAUUUCCUUCUGGCAUCCCAUUUUGUAGCACACGUCCAAUGAUAGACUAACCACAAUCAACUUCCUCCCUUCUUUUCCUAGAGGAAUUCCUAUCUUUCCAACAUCAAUAGGUGUCGAUACACCAUCAAGUACGAUCACAAACUUGUUCUUCCUCUCUAAUGCCCUUGAUAAUUUGGCUGCCCUCUACCUAUCAUCACCAACAUCCAUAUUUGAGAUAUCGGCAUGCAAGUCUCCUGCCAAGUCGUCCUGCAAUUUGGAGACUGCAGAAUUAGCAUCACUGAACCAAUAUACAUGCUUCAAAAAUUUGUCUUCUUUUACUACAGCUGUUCUGCCUACUCCAGGCAUACCAUAGAUCCCAUUGCAUGAAACCUUGUCAUCCGUUAACCCAGCCCGUGCGUCCGUCAAAUUUUGUUGAACUGAUUGGCUCUUCUGUUACCAAGGCUUAUUUUCCACUUGGACAGGAAUCGUAUAGCCACUGCAAAAUGACCCUUGUUCACGAAGAUCUGAUGUCUCCCGAAUCAUUGCAUCAACACACUGUGCCAAUGAAAUACGCGAACGAAAUGGUCUCCUCUAGUAUUCUCCUUUCAGGUUGGCUGCUGUUUAUGGAGAAACUUCAUAUUAGGGACCAAAAGCUCCCUCCAGAUGUCCUAGAGAUUGCCAGGUGGGCCGUGUCCUUUUCAAAAAAGUACGGAGGUUUGCCGCUUGGAAUCAUCGCUAAGGUGAGAAGCAUGAUAGGGGCUAAUGACAUUCGUGAGUGGAGAGAUGCAUUGGCAGAGAUGGAAGAAGGACCAGAUGACAAGGUUUUUGAGGUAAUGAAAAGCAGUUUUUAUGGCUUGAGAAAUGAAAGGUGGAAGACCUGCUUCUUGCAUUGCUCUAUCCUCUUGAAAGAUGAAACAAUUCCAAGGGAUGAAGUCGUUCGAGGGCUCAUCUCGAAAGGAUUGCUAGAUAGAAGAUGCAGAGAAGCAAAGUUUCAUCAGGGUCAUACCAUACUCAAAGCACUCGUGAAGGCUUUUUUGCUGGAUUGUGUUGUGAAUGAUGAUGGAGUGGAUUGCUUGAAGAUGCAUCCUUUGAUAAGAGACAUGGCCGCUGAGAUAAUGAAGAGUGACCCAACCUACAUGAUAAAACAAUUCUCUUCCUGCAUUUCCUUUGUAGGACUAGGAAUUAAGUCUAAUUGCAAUGGAAGUAGGAGUAUUGUUGUCCUUUCAUAUGAUUCAAAAGGUGGAGAUGGUACCAUUAACGAAUGGUGCAGUGCAAAAAUUACUCUGCUUUUAGGUAUAGUAUUACUCUUUUCUUUUUCCCCAAAGUAG